AUGGCUUUGUCUCUUCGUCAAUUAAUUCUUACUGUCCCAAAAUGUUCGUCGAUUUUGUCACGACGUCGUGUAGCUCAUUUUACAUUUUUCAAAGAUCAACCUGAUCCAAGUCUUGGUCCAACCAAAGAAAUGAAUCUAUGUCAAACAAUCCAAAAUGCUAUCGAUAUCACACUUGGCAAUGAUCAUACUGCUAUUGUAUUUGGUGAAGAUGUUGCAUUUGGUGGUGUUUUUCGAUGUACAACAGAAUUAAGGUCAAAAUAUGGCGCAGAUCGAGUAUUCAAUACACCAUUAUGUGAACAAGGCAUUAUUGGGUUUGGAAUAGGUGCAGCUGUCGCUGGAACAACAGCUAUUGCUGAGAUUCAAUUUGCUGAUUACAUUUUCCCUGCAUAUGAUCAAAUCGUAAAUGAAGCAGCAAAAUAUCGAUAUCGUUCUCAGAAUUUAUUUAAUUGUGGAAAAUUAACUAUUCGUUCACCAUGGGGUGCAGUAGGACAUGGCGCAUUGUAUCAUUCACAAUCACCUGAAUCACAAUUUAUGCACACACCUGGACUUAAAGUUGUCGUUCCUCGUAGCGCUAUUGAAGCUAAAGGUUUACUUUUAUCAUGUAUUAAAGAUGAUAAUCCAUGUAUAUUUUUUGAACCAAAAAUACUUUAUCGAUCAGCUAAAGAAGAUGUUCCUAUUAAAGAAUAUACAAUUCCAUUAUCAAAAGCUCAAAUCAUACAAGAAGGAUCUGAUGUAACACUCGUUUCAUGGGGUACACAAGUUCAUGUACUUCGUGAAGUUGCACAAAUGGCAGCUAAAGAAAACAUAUCAUGUGAAUUGAUUGAUUUACGAACAAUUGUACCAUGGGAUGUUGAUACAAUUUGUCAAUCAGUUAGUAAAACUGGAAGACUAUUAAUAAGUCAUGAAGCACCUAUAACAGGUGGAGUUGGAGCUGAAAUAGCAGCUACCGUUGCUAAAGAAUGUUUCUUGAAUCUCGAAGCACCAGUGGAACGUGUUUGUGGUUAUGAUAUUCAUCCAAUUCCACAUGUAUUUGAACCUUUCUAUUUUCCAUCUAAAUGGCGUUGUCUUGAAGCGCUUAAGCGCAUGAUGAAUUUUUGA